CGAUGGAGCCUCACCACUGGUUAUUGCCAUUUCCAAGCGCCACGCUGACACUGUACAGCUCCUACUGGAAAGGGGCAUCGAUGUGGACAGUCCAGUCCUUAGCGGACCUCCAAUAUUCCACGCAGUCAAGGCAUCAGAAGAUGCGCCUCGCCUCAUUCAACUGCUACUUGACCAUGGCGCUGAUGUACAGGCUACUACAGGGCCUGCCAACAUGACCGCCUUGCAUUGGGCGGCUGUUAAUGGCAUGGUUCAUGCUGUUGAUUUCCUUAUCGACAAGGGAUUGGAUGUUGACGGGAGAUGCAAAAGGGGGAAAACUGCUCUUGUUCUUGCCGCAGAAAACGGACACACGACGAUGGUAGAGUUGUUGAUUGAAAAGGGUGCAGACGUCAACGCGCUGAGCACUGAACCGAGAAAGUCUACCCCGGCUGUGUGGGCAGCAAUCUUAGGAUACGACAAAGUACUCAAGACAUUGAUACGACACGGAGCAGAUCUUUCCGUU